AUGGAGUACCAUCCAUGCAGUCGUUGGCCUGUUUUGCACCAGCCGUAUGAAGAAUUUGGAAUCAACAACGCUGCUUUGCCCACUAUGAUCGCCCUUGAUGCUGGAUUGAACAAGACUCAAGUCAAUGGAUUAUUGGAACUUUUCCUUCUUGUAACCAAAGGUAUGGAGCAGGUGACAAUGAAGAAUGAUGCUGAGUUGCAGAAGGCAUGUGAUAAUGCAGGAGCCGAAUUAACACCUUUCACCAAGCACAUCAUCUCUGCACCAUACAAGGGCAAGGAGAUGGAGUUUGAGGUUCAUACUCGGCCAGUCUGGGACUGGGCUCUUGACCUGCUCGCUGACCCACAAUUAGCCCCACACUUUGUCUGGGACGCUGAACGGGUUUACAAACACAAUGGGGAAGAGUAUGAACGCUUUUAUGGUGAGCCUUGGACAUGUGAUCACUGGUGGGACAUACAGUCUCAGCUUCCUGCUGAUGUUGAAAAUGCCAUACCAUUCUGUUUUAUAUUGUAUGCUGACAAGACAAGGCUUUCAUCUCAUGGCACUGUGAAAGGGUACCCUGUAGUUGUUCGGUGUGCUAAUCUCCCUGUAGACAUCCGGAAUUCUGAGUCCGUUGGAGGAGGUUGUGUUGUCGGCUGGCUUCCGAUUAUCCCAGAGGAUGCAGCUGAGGAAGGUAAACUUGGCUAUACAACUUUGAAAUGUGUUGUUUGGCAUGAAAGUGCCAUCAAAUUAUUCGAGGCCAUGGUUCACUUCUCGGCAACUGGCUUUCAGCAUAGGUGUUGGGACGAGAUUAUAUGGUAUCUUUUCCCAUUGUUUUUGAUACUAUCUGCAGACUAUGAGGAACAAUGUAUGAUGUCUUUAAUUCGAGGUCGGAAUGGCAAGGCUCCAUGCCCUAUAUGCCUCGUGCCACUUGAAUUACUCCACGACAUUUCUAAGACUUUUGCUCUUCACAAUGCAGGGCAAGGAGAGGAAGCAUUGCGAGUUUACAACGAUUGUAAGGCCACUGGUGAAGCAAUUCUCAAGAAACUUGGUCUGCGUCCUGUACCCAAUGUCUUUUGGCAUAUCAGGUACUCUGACCCUCACUUGGCACUGAGUUUUGAUCGCUUGCAUGUCCUCCACCUGGGAUUGUGGGGAAAACAUCUCUUUGAAGAUCUGAAGAUCAUUUUGAGGUACCUUGGAUGUGAUGCAGAAGCAAUGGUUGAACGACUUACAAAGGAGUUUCCACGCUGGUGGAAACUGUUUCAUUUCACAGCCAUCCUCAAGGUGACAUUUAAUGAUGGGAAUAAGUUUGCUGACCUAUCUAUUCAAGUUUUUUAUCCCGCAUUAAGUAUCCUUACGAAGGCAGCAUGUCCCGAGGGAUAUCUCCUUCUUGGCCUUAUCAGCAGCUAUCUACAACUUGAUAGUCUGAUCGGCCUCGACAUCCAAACCAAUCGCACGCUCUCUGCCAUUGAAACUGAGCUUCUUGUUUUCAACGAAAGGCUACAGGCAUACAAAGAGUGCACAAUGAACUCUUCCAUCCCAGGUCUCAAGGUAGAUUGGGACUUUCCAAAGGUGCACCUGUGGAAACACAUGGUGUGUGAUAUACGAGAAAAGGGGGCAGUGCGAAACUACAGUACUCACCCCAACGAAAAAAUGCAUGGCCCUCUAAAGGAAGCUUAUCAAGAUCGCUCAAAUGGUAGGGAUGUUGCUGGACAGAUUCUUCGUGUUGACCAACAUAUCCUUGCGUGCAGGCUCCUACGUACUCAUAUAGACCAGUAUGACAAGUGGCACAAAGCAAGAAGUGGGGAUGAUAACGACAAUAGUGUCCUCAAACUGGGCUUUGAGGGACAUUGCAAGCUUGGGUCACCGUGCAAGCCCACCACCAUCCAGGGGAUUGAAGCGGAACAUGAUCGUGAAGACAAAGCAUACCUGAGGCUUCAAAGAAAGUUCACCAACUAUAUCAACAAAUUUCUGCCUUCAAUUGGGCACGAGCUAAAAAAGUGGGUUACCAUCCCAGCUGAUUUUAAUAUAUAUGAGUACCGCUACCUCAAAGUCAACUACAAGUCUUGUGUCGACUGGAAGUUGGCUACCGAUCAUUUGCGAUGUAACUCUCAGUUCUUCGGCACUCCUCGCUAUGACUGUGCAUAUGUGCAACUCACAUCAACACAAACAGCCUUUGUUCGCUUGAUAACCUUUUUUAUGUGUCAAAUCCACGGCUAUGGAGAACUUCAGCUUGCUCUCAUUCAGCCUUAUACUGCAAGUGUCGGCCAGGAGCGUGAACUGGACCAGGCCAUGAAACUUACACGCAUCAAGGCUGUGCCUAGAAGCGAUUCCACAUUUAUUCCAUUAGUUUCGAUCAUUCGAGGUGCACUCUUGUUCCCUGACCCGAAGAAAAAGGAUGAAUUUCUUGUGGUAGACCAUGUCGAUGGUGACAUGUUUCUUCGAAUGAAAACAUGGAAGCAGGGUGGCUCGGUGUGUAUUAAUAUUUGCUGA